UAAGCAGGCUUCAAGUUGCAAAAGCAGGCAAAGGCUGAACAGACCGUCUACCGAGCAGAACCGUUGGUGCUCCAGAACAACUACAACAGUUUCGUGCAUUGAACAUUUAGAGCGCAAAGCAGCUGAACGCCGCAACUUCACCGAGCAACUUUUCGAACAGUUUUAAUUUUAAACUUGAACCAAGAAAAAACUUGCACAAUGGCUCUCCAGAAUAAAAUUGCGCAUCUUUUCUGCAAGAGUCUUCGAACUGAAAUGCUGAAAAUGCAGUUAUCAGUCGUGGGGCGGGGGCUCCACAAGUCUGCAGCCAGCGAGUCCAUGCCAAUGACCUCUGCGGGUGAGCAGGCUCUACCGGACGGUUUGAUUACACCGACGCCGGUGGAGAUUGGAAAAGAGGCGGCUGGAAUCAAGAGUCUGAAGGAGAUGCCGGGUCCAAGUGCCAUUGGCAAUCUCGUUGAGUUUUUCUACCGCGAUGGAUUCAGCAGAAUCCAUGAAAUUCAGAUGGAGCACUCCCAGAAGUAUGGGAAGAUCUUCAAGUCCCGCUUCGGGCCCCAGCUUGUGGUGUCGGUGGCGGGGCGUGACCUGGUGGCCAAGGCCCUCAGGGCGGAGGGGGUGGCUCCUCAGAGGGCAAACAUGGAGUCCUGGAAGGAGUACCGUGACAUGAGGGGCCGUUCCACCGGCCUGAUCUCAGCGGAGGGCGAUGAUUGGCUGAAGAUGAGGAGCGUGCUCAGGCAGCUGAUCAUGCGCCCGCGUGACGUGGCUGCGUUCAGCGACGACGUGAACGAGGUGGUGACCGACAUGGUGACGAGGGUGCGCAGCCUGCGAGGCCAGCAGGCAGACGGCAGCACCGUCCUCAACAUCAACGACAUGUUCUUCAAGUACGCCAUGGAAGGUGUGGCAGCCAUCUUGUACGAGUGUCGCCUGGGUUGCCUGGAGAACGAGAUCCCCAAGAAGAGCCAGGACUACAUCACCGCUCUGCACCUGAUGUUCAGCUCCUUCAAGACCACCAUGUACGCUGGAGCCAUCCCCAAGUGGCUCCGCCCACUGAUCCCCAAACCGUGGGAGGACUUCUGCAGCUCCUGGGACGGGCUCUUCCACUUCAGCCAGAUCCACGUUGACCGACGUCUGGCAGACAUCAAGGAGCAGGUGUCCAGGGGGGAGGAGGUGAGGGGGGGUCUGCUCACCCACAUGCUGCUCACCAGGGAGAUGAACCUGGAGGAGAUCUACGCCAACAUGACAGAGAUGCUGCUGGCCGGCGUGGACACGACGUCGUUCACCCUGUCCUGGGCGUCCUACCUGCUGGCACGCCACCCCCUGAUCCAGCAGCAGAUCUACGAGGAGGUGACCCGGACGCUGGGGGAGGGAACCAUCGCCACGGCCGACGACAUGUCACGGUUACCUCUCAUCAGGGGGCUGGUAAAGGAGACCCUCAGGCUGUUUCCAGUUCUCCCUGGCAACGGAAGGAUUACUCAAGAUGACUUGGUGUUGGGUGGUUACUUCAUCCCCAAAGGGACACAGCUGGCUCUGUGCCACUACUCCACCUCUAUGGAGGAGGAGAACUUCCCCGGGGCUAAUGACUUCCGUCCGGAGCGUUGGAUCAGGAAGGACAACACGGACAGGGUGGAUAACUUCGGCUCUAUCCCCUUCGGCUACGGCAUCCGCAGUUGCAUCGGGCGUAGGAUAGCAGAGCUGGAGAUGCACCUGGCCCUCACACGGCUCAUCCAGAAUUUCCACAUCGGGGUGUCACCGCUCACAGAGGACAUCAAAGCCAAGACCCACGGCCUGCUGUGCCCCGGCGCACCCAUCAACCUGCAGUUCAUCGACAGGACACACUAACAGUGCGUGUCCACUGCAGCGACGCGAAUCGCUUGCCAUCGCUCGCCUUCCCACAGUUCACCACGCUCAAGGGCGUUUCAAACAGAUGAAUGUAGAAUGUAGUUCUCUAAAAUCACUGUUGUAGUUCUCAUGGCCAAAUGUGCAGACUUGGGGUUACGUAGUUGCAACAUCGAUCAAAAUACAACUUGUAUACAAAAUACAAAACUGCUUAAUAGACAUACACAUUGACAUGUGUAAAAAACGUUUUACUAUAUUCCUCAGUCUCUGCUAAUCUGUCGAUACGAUAGUGAGUUCCAGCCGGGCUAGCUAGCUAGCUAGUUACCACAGAACGAAGUUAUGUAAUGUCACUAGACUGAAUUAGAAAGUACAAGCACCAACAACUUCGGCAACCUUGCGCCAUGCAUCGUUU